AUGUCGUUUUUACACGUGCACUCUUGUGAAUGUGCUAAAACAGCGCUUGAAUUAUUCUCAUUGCCUUCUACUCAAACAACAAUCGAAAGCUCACAAUGGGUCCAUUAUAAACCAAUUUCAUCGUUGACUGAUAACUCACCUAUAGAAUUUGUUGUACAAGGGCAAGGUGAUGAAUAUAUUGAUCUUGCUCAUACUAUGAUAAGUUUGCGAGUAAGUAUUACACGUAAAACUCCUGUCGCUGCUAGUGCUAAGCCACCUAAAGUAGGUCCUAUCAACAAUUUUAUGCAUUCAAUAUUUAAUCAAGUAGACGUGCUGUUUAACCAGAAGCCCGUAUCAACGCCCAAUAAUUUAUAUGCCUAUAGAGCGUGUAUAGAAACCCUCCUAAACUAUGGCUUGGAUGCUACAAAAUCACACUGA